AUGUCUCACAACCAAUACAACGCUACCGAAAACACUCAAGAGGAUAUUGCUCAAGACUCUAUCCGUGUUUCUUCUCCUAAUGACUCAUCUAUGCAAGUGGAUGAGCACGCUCAACUUUCCGCAGUUGAUCAUCUUCUCAAGAAGAUUGACACUGCUCAGGCUCGCUUGGAUCAGAUCCAUCGUAACGCUGGUGAUACUUACACUGAGGAAGAACGCUUGGCGGCUGAUGAAGCAUCUGCGUCUAUCGAAUGGCUCAGCAAGCAAGUCAGUGCAAUUACUAAGAGGGCUGAUUCCAAAGCAAGACCUGUCAAUCUCAAUGAGAUCCCCCGUUUCCAGGUGGUAGGACAAGCUAAGCAUUGGCCUGACCAUCCUCGAUUCACCACAGUCGAUCAUUUCUUCAGUGCUUUUGAGAACGUCAUCAGAGCAUCCGGUAAUGAAGUAAAUUUGGUUUGGAAACGCUACGUGCCUGUUUCACUGCCAUUUGACUUCGAAUCAUGGACCAAGAAUGAUCUUCUGGCAUGUAAUGAUUGGGAUCAAGCCAAGGCAUUGUUCCGCAAACAUUUUGGUGCUCCCAUCAACUCUGAGGAAUCCAUGGCCAAACUCUUCAGCAUGCGCAUGAAGAACAAUGAUACUCUACAGGACUAUACGAAUAAGUUCAUGAAGUACGUCAAGGAUUGUGGCUUCCCUCCUAACAGCAACAUGUUAGCCAAGUUCUAUCAGUUCACGCUGUUACGCAAGAAUCAGCAAAUGAUGGUCAACCAAAUGUCCGUCAAGCAUGGUUCCAACCACAAAUGGACUAUCAACGAGAUCUAUGAGUGUGUGUUGCCUUUGUUCCUUGUUGACGAGCAAAAUCGUGGUGAUGAUGAUGUUGAGGUCAACAUCAGAGGUAAGCGUAAGGGUGGUUCUGGUGGUUCUGGUGGUUCUGGUUCGAGAACAAAGAUGGCAAGGGUAUCUGCCACUGGGUAUUUCUGUGCGAAGCAUGGCGGGAGCAAUGCCAACCACAACACCAUUGACUGUAAGUCAAGAUUGAAGCACUUUGGCUCUGACAACAAGCCUAACCGGGCUACUACUGCUGCUCCGUAUUCUAUGAGUUCCUCAUCCUCUGAUCCCAAAACCUGCAACUUUUGUGGUAAGCCCCGUGCUUACGGUCAUCGUUGUCAAGAGUUCUACGACUGGAAGAAGGAGAGAGAAUCAAGGAAGAACAUUGGUGUGCAUACUGUACAAACAACCACUGUUCGCAAGGACAACAAGUCUGGUUCUGGUUCUGAGACCAACGAUGUUACCAUGGAAAGUAGCACUGAUUCUGACAUUGGUGAUGCUGUUGGAGAUGUCACCAUGGAGGAGAUAGAUGCUUGCUUGGACGAGAUUGAAGCAGAGGAUGCCUCGCUCAACUGCAAUUUGAACUUUCUGAGUCAUUCAGUAAAGAGAUUGGGUAAAACACCAGCUAUCAAGAUAAGAUAUCUUAAUGACAUUGCAUUUGAUCACUCGUUUGAGCUAUCCAAUUUUAUUCAGGACCUAGGCGAUUUUGAUGUGCUACUGGGUGUAGACACAUUGAGUCGACUUAGAAUUGGGCUAACUGGCGUUGCUCACAAGUUUGCUGAUAUUGGACAUCUUACAGAGGAAGAGAAAUCAGAGCUUCUUGAAAGCAUCGAUUUCGAAAAUGUCAAUUUUGAUACUAAACAUUCUAUUGAUCCAGAAACCGCAUCAAUCUUUGAAUCCCAAGCUGAGGAGAAUAAGUAUAUGAGCAACAUCCAAGAUGCUAUUGAUGAGAAUCAGAGAAUCAAGCCUGGAACGUUUUGUAACGUGCCUGAAUCUGAGAUCAUUAUACCAAUCAAGGAGAAUGUUGAUUACUACGUCAAGCAAUAUCCGAUCGCACAUCAUGCAAUGCCCGAAAUCGAAAAGCAAUUGAAUGAAUGGCUGGAUGCAGGAAUUGUAGAACAGUGUAGACCUAACGGCUUAUUCAACAGCCCUAUCAUUGCAGUAUCAAAGAAGGACAAUGAUGGCAAACCCACCAAAACUCGAGUUUGUAUGGAUGUGCGGAGGAUCAACCAGCAUAUGCCCAACAAUACAAACCAAUUUGAGAUCUUCACCCGGAUCAAGCAGAAGGGGACGAUAUUUUCGAAAAGGAAAAACCUUGGUCAUGAACAUUUUGUUUUCUGUCAUUGCGAAUUGAUUAAGGAGGUGCUGAGACGCUUGACACAUGCCAACUUAAAGAUUGGUGUUGAAAAGUGCUCCUGGUUUCGAUCUAGCAUCUACUUGCUAGGCUUUGUAGUUGGUCCUCAUGUUUCCAAGGUUGACAUGCGACGUCUCUCUGACAUUGAUCAUUGGGGUCCAUGCAGAUCUGCCAAACAGGUUAAACAACUAGCUGGUGUUAUUUCAUAUUUGAGACCACACAUCCCAAAUCUGUCAAAACUGAUGGCGCCUAUUGAUGCUCUACGAAAUGAUCCAGAUGCUGGUAGCAAAUGGACUGAUGAGCACACCAAACGACUUGAGAUUAUCAAGAAGGUCUUGUUAUCUGAAGCUUUACUGACUGCACCAGACAUGAAUAAGAAAUUUUAUCUUGAAUGUGAUGCUAGCUUAUAUGCAGUUGCAGUCAUUUUGACGCAGCGCGACGAUCAAGGACGCACAGUCUAUGUGGCGAUGUUGAGCAAAUCUCUGACCAAAUCCCAACAGAACUGGCCUGUCCUGAGACGAGAACUGUAUGCCGUGUUAUUCGGUUUAGUUCGUUUGCGACCCUUAUUGUACGGGCAUCCUGAGAUUGAGGUUAUGACAGAUCAUCGAGCUCUGAUUUAUAUCUACACAUGUAAAUGUCCUACUAGAGUCAUUCAAAAUUACAUGGAGAUUUUAAACGAGUAUCCCCAACUGCAAUUCACUCAUAUCAAGGGCUUAGACAACAUCUUACCUGACAAACUUAGUCGCUUGUAUGAACCUUUAGAAGAUCAUACAGAGCUGGCGGGAGACAGUGAUAAGAAAAUUGCUAAAUUACAAAAGAAUAUCAUGAGAAGCAAAGGCUCCAAGAAACGAUUCAUUGGCAACAAUAAGCAAACAAAGCAUUAUCUAACCAAGAACAAAGUAGUCUAUAAUAAAGACAAGCACUUGAAUGUACUUGCUAUGAAGAUCAAGGAGGGCAAUUAUGAAAGCGUUGCUUACAUUGCACCACCUGACAAUGAGAGAGACCAACUGCUUCGUGAAACUCAUGAAUUUGGACACUUUGGUGCCGCUAGUAUUGUCAAGAAACUACAUGAAGAAGGUAUUCAUUGGACAGGUCUAUAUGAUGAUGCAAAGGCAAUUUGUCAAUCAUGUAUGGAAUGUGCAAGACACAAUGUAGUUCAAAAGGGUUAUCAUGAACUGAGAAACGUUGUAGCGUAUGGUCCAUUUGAUCACAUAGGCAUUGACUUUCUUGGUCCGUUAACUCCAGCCAACAAUGGCAAUAUAUAUAUAUUAGUUGUAUACGACAUUUGCACCAGAUUUAUUAUAACUCGUGCAUUGCCCAACAAACAAACUGAUACUGUCGCUAGAGCUCUGACUACUAUCUUUGGAGACUUUGGCAUAGUACAAAUACUACAAUCUGAUAAUGGACGUGAAUUCAAGAGUGCUUUGAUGAGCGAGAUCGGUAAAGCACUUGGCAUCAAUCAAAGAUACUCUACGGCUUUCCACGCUAGGGGCAAUGGUGCAUCCGAAUCAGGUGUUAAAAAUAUUCUUAAUGCACUUCGUAAGAUGGUCAGUGAACACAUCUAUGACUGGGACUCGGUUCUACCUGGAACUCAACUGGCUAUAAACACAAAAAUUAGGUAUCGCACAGAGAGUGCACCUUUUCAAUUGAUGUUUGCUAGACCAUUGAAUAGAUUCGUAGACUACGAUGAUCCUAAGAUCAAGGACAACUUACCAAAGAAGCCAAUGACUCUCGGUGAGCUACGCAAGAAGGCAGAGAUUAUGAACCAGGUUGUCUUUCCAGCUAUUAACCAAAGAACACAACGCAUUAUUGAAGAGCAAGCAACGCGAUUCAAUAAGCAUCACAAGAUUACACACUUCAAAGUUGGUGAUUGGGUUAUGGUAAGACUUCCGCAUAGAGAAAGCAAACUUGAGGCCGCUUAUGAUGGACCCUAUCAAGUUGUUCAAAAGAAAAGAUCUACAUAUGUGUUGAAAGACGAUAUGAAUGAACUACUACAUCGCGACUAUGUGCCAUCUGAAUUGAAGCUGGUAGCAAUCGACGAGUCUAUCAUCGAACAAGAAGUAUAUGAGGUUGACGAGAUCAGAGCGCAUCGUGGUCCUGAACACAAUAGAGAGUAUUUGGUAAAAUGGAAGACAUUUGGAGAAGCUGCCAACUCCUGGGAAACCGCUGCAUCGUUCAACAACCCUCAAACCAUUCGUAAGUACUGGGCAAAGAUCAAGGAAUAUGAGCUGCUUGAGAAGAGAAGACAGGCACUAAAUAGUGACACUGCUUCCUCCAAAUCAAAGCGUAAGCGUGAUGAUUCUGACAAGCGUUUGAGAGGCUCUAAGAGACUCAACGUUGCAGAACAGUAA